AUGGAUAAGAUUCAGACGACAUACACGGGCCGUCGUUCGCGGAGUCAAUGGGUGCGUUCACCAUGGACUCUCACUGUUGUCAGCCUAGCUAUCAUCUGGUUUUUCCAUGACGCGUUUCUUUCGUUUGGAGCAGCCAAUGCGGGCAGUGGCGGCGAGACGGCGGCGGCCGCCAUCUGGGACUUCUUUCGGUCUGCGGAGACAGUCACGGUGGUGGACUUCAAUAACAGGGCGGCGGCACCUGCAGGGUCGUUGCAGCGGCGGCUUCGGUUGCGCGAUAUCACGCCCGGUACCAUUUCCAGAGGCGACUUCGGCAAGUGGGUGCAGGAGGAGGCUGUCAUUAGCAAGGAGCGUCUUUUGGCGAACAUUGCAGAUAUGAACUUGAAUAACAACUUGCAUUCUGCCUUGGGUGUGGCGGAGGGGGCGCCGCUCGCGUCUCCUUCUCGGGUGCGGCCCAACUAUUUCUAUCAGUGGGUGCGAGAUGGAGCGAUUACCAUCAACACAAUUACCAAUACCAUACUCGAUCAUCCUGGGGACUUCAACAUCACGCUAGCAGGGACUGUGAUCAAGUAUCUAAAGAACGUUUAUGUAUUGCAACGCCUCGACAAUCCCAGUGGUCGUUUUGACGAAGACCUUUCCGGGUUAGGGGAACCUAAGUUCAUGGUAGACAAUACUGCGUUCAACAGCCCGUGGGGUAGACCUCAGAACGAUGGGCCGGCAUUGAGGGCGAUCACUACCAUGAAUUUCUUGCAGCGGCUCAAUUCUCAAGGCAUGUCCCUAGAAUACGUACUCAAGCGCUAUAGACUGGAAUACGGACAAGAAUCUCUCGAAGUACCUUUUCAGAACGAACAGGAAUUGUUUGACAAAGUGCUUUACUAUGACUUGAUGUUUAUAAUUAAGAACUGGGAGAAGGAGGGCUUUGAUCUAUGGGAAGAGGUGGUCGGUAUUCACUUCUUCACGGCUUUGUGUCAACUCAAGGCCCUCAAGAUGGCCGAAUACCUUCUGACCAAAGGCGUGCUCCACCCGGACGAGGCCUUACUUUCAAUUCUCCGUGAGACGAUUGGGAGGAUGACAACAUACAUUUCACGAGACGGCGGUUUUAUUAAUCCACACAUUAACUUUAUUGUAUCUACGCCCCGCCUAUUGGGCCAGCGCUCUGGCUUAGAUAUUGGGACCUUAAUUGGAAGUAUUUUGACUCAUGAUGAACUUGGCUCGGAUGAUGUUCCAGCAGUUGCCAUUCCGUUCAAUGUGGACCAUCCUGCUAUUCUCAACGUUCUUUACGAAUUAACUACGCGGAUGCUGAAAUUGUAUCCGAUCAACCACGAUAGAGUGAAUUUGAACAUGGGUGUUGGGCUAGGCAGAUAUCCCGAGGAUGUUUACAACGGUUAUGAUACCUCCGAGGGCAACCCGUGGUUUUUAGCUACGUCAACUGCGGCGGAGUUGUUGUAUAAACUUAUCUACCGGCACCACAUCGCCUCUCAAGACCUUGUGGUUGACUUGGACGGGGACAACUGGCAGUCAGCAUUCUGGAACUUAAUCUUCGACGGACUCCGCCCCACCUCGAAUGGCGGCAGUUCUACUUUAGUUAUUCCCUACGGGUCUCAGGCCUUCAACCAGACAAUGGGUGCGGUCUUCAACUACGCAGACUCAUUCUUGGACAAAAUCAGGCUCCAUGUUAGCGACUGUGGUGAGAUGAGCGAGCAGUUCAAUAAGUAUACCGGCUUUUUGGAGGGCGCACGCGACUUGUCAUGGUCCUAUGGUUCGUUCUUAAACUCACUCCGCUGGCGCUCUGCUGCCUACCAGCUUCUCAGCUCACAAGAAUAG